AUGAUAAGAAAUAUAUCGUAAAAACAAUAUAAAAAUAAUAUUGUUCAAAAGAAUACAAAAAAAGAGAUCUAACAAAUCUACAAGCUAGUGUUGUUGUUAUAACAUUUGGAUAAUGAUUUAGAUCUCUUACAAGAAGAAUUUCUAGUUGCCUCUAAAGAUGAAGUUAAUAAAAACUGCAAAAAUAAAUCUACUGAUAAAUUAAAGGGAAAAGGAAUAGGUGAAUGUAAUCAUUUGUUAUUUAUUGUAGAAAAAAAAUUUAAAACUUAAAAACCGCCUCUUUGUUAAUAAGGCAUUUAAACUUUAGAUGAAGAAACUCAUUCAUUUGAUAAAGAUUUUUUAGCUUCGAACAAGAGAGAGAAAAAGAAGCGUAUAUUAUGA